GCUGUAGCCCAAGUUGCCAGCCGUCAGUUCGAAGGGUGCAAAAUAGCUCAGAGGAACGUGGCUGAUUUAAUAGUCGUUAUUAUUUCUUUAUAGAGAGGUUUAUUGCCAUCUUUAAUGCAACUAAAGCAUGUUGUUAAGUAGUUUUGGGUCUGCCAAGGCUCCUCCAACCAAACCGGAUAGUGUUGUCGUUUGCGAGACUCUCAUGGGCGAACUUGAAGGUCAAAUGAAAGAACUCGAAAGACUACGGACAGUUAAAGAGAGCGAGGAAAAAAGAAGAAAAAAUGAGGCUGAUUACAGCUGGUUAAUGAACACUCCUCGAAAAAACGUUUAUCGUUUGAGUCCUGUAGACAGGUUGGUACUGGAAGAAUUGUCAUCGCAAGUUCGUCCCGAGGACAGUGGCCAUGUUAUAAAACAAUUCAGAACAAUUGUUGAAACACAUAUGCUCGAUUUGAGCGAAAUUCCAAAGGUAUUUCGGUGUGUGAUAGAGCGAUAUCUUUCAGAAUCGACCGGUACGGCAAAGGACGAUACGGGGCUUAAAUGGGUAACUCGUAGCCUUUCUGACUUUGGAACAACAUUAAGAACAAUACGGAGUCAUUCGUCAAGCAAAGUGUAUCCAGUUGCAAGUACUAGUGCUGAAGAUUGCGAUAACAGGCGGACUCAGAGUAUGCCGGAGUUUAUCUCAAUGAGAAAUUUACCGGUGUAAUAACUUUACAAGCUGAAACUUUAUUCCAGCACUCUUGAAGAUUUUGUUGUCAACAAAUAUUGUCCCAAGAACAACAGCUCAAAAAUUUAAUAGAAAAGGUAUUUAAAUUGCUUUGCUUUGAGAAAUAGAUAUAUAUGUUCUUAAGUGUAAAUAUUGUUAGUGGUUCUAAUUUAUAUUUGCAAUGUUAUAAUGAGUUUGAAAAUAUAGGAUCCAAAAUAUAAUAUAUAUAGUACAGAAUGUUUUAAAAGUUGUAAUGUUUAUAUAUUUAAUCAUUUAUUAUUAACAGUUAUUUUGUUUUGCUGUCAUUCAUGUAGUAUAGUAUGGACAUUAUGAAUAAGAUAUUUGUAUAUCAUUGGAAAAGCUGAGAUUCUUAUUUUUUAUCAUUAUGUUGCAAUUAGCCUGGCCUUUUUAAAAAAACAAUUCAUGCUCACAGGAAGUGUAUAUGGCAUUUACUUUGUGUGCAAAAUUGUUGAAGUUGUCAUUCUUUUUUAAAGUACAUAUCCGGUAGUUCAAGCAGUUCAAGUAAUGUGGGUGGUGGUAGGGUUAUUAAGGAUAUGAGGUGAAAAAGUAGUUGCAAUCUCUUAAUUACACAUGGGUGACUGAUGCCUAACCAAUCUUCAUCUUUUUCCCUCAAACAAAAAUAGCAAGCAUACUGGCUUAUUUUUUACUCUAUAUUUUGUAAUAGUCUUUCAUGUAGUACCCUGGUCCCAGAGAAAAAUACAAAAAUACGAUAAAAAACAUCUAUGAAAGAAGAGAAAAGAAAACCUCUGGGACCAGGGUAUGCAUGUAGUACCUUUAAUUACUAAUUUAUAUUAUUCAAAACCAAUACAAUUUGCAUUGAAAGUCAUAAUAAAUAUAGUUACUAAUUAUGGUCAUAAUCAGCUAGUACUACUGUGUUACUGUAUGUAUUCAAAUAUGGGUAUCUUGAUUCCUUCUUUGCAGCUGUUCUUUAGGAAAAAAACAACAACAGCAAAACAAUAACAACAAACAAACACACAAACAAACAAAAAAAAGAACAGGCAGCAAAGGAGACUAGCACUCAAAUGGAUGCUUUCAUUGUAGAUACAUUUCUUCUAAGUUUUUUGUACAUCCAAGCCAAAAUAUUAGCAGUGCCUUUGAAAGUACAGAGGGAUACCUGUGUGCUUUUUCAGUGAAAUUUGAUUGGUAUAAUGUGAUCAUUUUUAAUGAUUUUUGUAAUAUUGCUAAUUUUGUAGAUCUUGAUACCUGAGACCUCUCUUUUCUAUCUAGUUUAAUAAAGUUAUAUCAUGCAUAAUUAUAUUACGUUAAGAAAUGAUGUAGAGUUUUGUGUCCUUUUAAUUUUAAAUGCUCAAUCAAUAUUUUUUUUUUCUGUAACAUUACAAAUAUCUUCUAAUUAAUAUUAUGGUAACAUGGAGCGUCAUUGGAUUAUAUUCAAUUAAAUAUUUAAAGAAUU